GUGGCGAUAUUUUAUCCGCAAAAUUUGCCACCUUACAAGGAAAAAGGGCUAGUGACUUCAAUGCAGCAGCCCUGUGUGAGGAUUCCUACAAGAAUUCAAGUAGAUGGAUUAGUGCUUAGAAUCCGGCAGAUACUUGGCAGUGGGGCUUUUGGUGUCGUUUACAAAGCUGUCGAUGAAGAAGAACCGUGGAAAAUCUAUGCGUUGAAGGAAGUCCUUUGUUUGAAUGCUUCCCAAUUUCACAAUGCUGUUCGAGAGGUUCAAAUUUUAAAACAACUCUCGCACGAGAACGUAAUUUCCCAGAUAGGAGUCGACCACUUGCACGAUGCCCAAGGUUUGCAUAUGUUGAUUUUGACUGAGUUUUGUGUUGGGGGAAACUUGAACGAGCGCCUCCAUCGACCGAGUAGUGAUGAAACCAACGAAAGGUGGAUUCGUAAAAUAUCCAGCGCUGUUGCCUACCUCCAUUCGCAUGAUAUAGUUCACCUCGACUUAAAGGCUGAUAACGUGCUGCUAACUGCAACGAGUGAUAUCAAAUUGGCCGACUUUGGUUUGCCUCAAAAAUUCAUCGCAGUCAAACAGUUUGUGGAAUAUGGCGACGAUGGAUCGGGCAUGAUGAGUUAUAUUCAAAAUUACAUAGAUUCAAGGGUUGGCCCGCCACAUUGGGUGGCUCCUGAAUUUUUCCACCGCCGGUACAACAAGAAAGCCGACGCUUUUUCGCUUGGAACCUUAAUUUUCGGAAUCCUUGAGCGAGAUUUUAUCAUAUAUAGAGGCAGAGCCUAUUACGGUGCUUAUGUAUCCAUUCCUCAGGCUGACUUCCGCGGCCACUUUCGGCUGGGUAGAGUCUGUAGAGUUGGCAUUGGGUUUGCAAUGGCAACGUAUGAUCCAAAUAUCACCAUUCAAUUUUCAAGAGCUCGUGCACAAGGAUCAAGUGCUUUGCAAAGAAUCGCUCUAAAUGCCAUGCAAUACAACAAAGAUCGCCGUCCAAGCGCAGCGGAAAUUUAUAACCGAGUCAGGUGCAUCCAACAAUGGAAUGCCCCAUGA